CGAGCGAGCGCGGGCAGCAGCAGCGGCAGCAGGAGGAGAAGGCGGCGGCGGCGGCGCGCAGCCCGGAGUUGCCGGAGGACGGACGCCUGGAGGGCAGCUCGCCGGCCUCGGCCGCAGGUGCCGCAAAGCAGUAGAUGUAAUUUUGAAGAUAUUCUGAAGGCACAAAUGGCUUUAGCUGGCUGCCCAGACUCCUUUUUGCACCAUCCUUACCGAAUAGACAGUGUAGAUCAGACAUCAGCACAUGCUCGACGUGAUCUAGUGGAACCCGGAUUCCAAGAACAGUCAAGCCGCCUCUCAUUAAAUCAUCAAGGAGAUGAUGAUGUGGACUUGGAAGCGUUAGUUAAUGAUAUGAACUCCUCAUUUGAAAGUUUGUACACCCCCUACAACGUGCAUUCAGAAAGCACCCCACUCCUUCACAAUGGCCAGCUGCCAGCCUCAGGAACAAAUUCACUGCAGCCUGUAUCUCCAAAGCAGAAAGUGCAGAGGUCUCAGCCAGUACGCAUCAUGGCAGUCAGACGCCUUCAAGAGGAGGAACAGUUCAGAACAUCCUCUUUGCCUGCCAUACCGAACCCUUUUCCAGAGCUUUGCAGCCCCACAAGCUCACCUGUCUUGGCCCCUGGAUCUCUACCUCAGAAUCAGCCUGCAAAUAAACAGGAUAUAAAAGUCUUUACAGAAGACGGAACAUGCAAAGUGGUCGAGAUCCUAGCAGAUAUGACAGCCCGGGACCUCUGCCAGUUGCUCGUUUACAAAAGUCAUUGUGUGGAUGAUAACAGCUGGACCCUAGUGGAACAUCACCCUCUCCUAGGAUUAGAGAGGUGCUUAGAAGAUCAUGAGCUUGUUGUUCAAGUUGAGUCUACAAUGGGAAGUGAAAGUAAAUUUUUGUUCAGGAAGAACUAUGCAAAAUAUGAAUUUUUUAAGAAUCCUGUGAACUUUUUCCCGGAACAAAUGGUUGCUUGGUGUCAGCAGUCAAACGGCUGUAUUCCACAGUCACAACUUUUACAGAAUUUUUUAAACUCAAAUAGCUGUCCUGAAAUCCAAGGAUUUUUGCAUGUGAAAGAACAGGGGAGGAAGUCUUGGAAGAAGCAGUACGCUUGCCUGAGGAGAUCUGGACUUUACUGCUCUACGAAAGGGACUUCAAAGGAACCAAGGCACCUGCAGUUGUUAGCAGACCUUGAAGAUAGCAACAUUUUCUCACUGGUAGCAGGCAAGAAGCUCCACAAUGCUCCUACAGAUUAUGGAUUUUGUAUAAAGCCCAACCGAAUGAGAAGUGAAACAAAAGAAUUGAGGUUUCUGUGUGCGGAUGACGAGCAGAGCAGGACGUGCUGGAUGACCGCCUUUAGGCUCCUCAAGUAUGGGAUGUUGCUGUACCAGAACUACAGAAUUCCGCAACAGAGAAAAGCUGCGCUUCCGCAUUUCACCACUCCUAUAAGAAGUGUGUCUGAAAAUUCCUUAGUAGCAAUGGAUUUUUCCGGACAAAUAGGAAGAGUUAUUGAAAACCCAGCAGAAGCACAGAGUGCCGCUCUGGAGGAAGGCUAUGCUUGGAGGAAACGCAGCACAAGAAUGAAUAUCCUGGGUAGCCAAAGUCCUCUUCAUCCUUCCAUGCUGAACACAGUUAUUCAUAGGACACAAAACUGGUUUCACGGCAGAAUCUCUAGAGAAGAAUCGCACAGGAUUAUUAAACAGCAGGGUCUUGUGGAUGGGUUAUUUCUUCUCCGGGACAGUCAGAGUAACCCAAAGGCAUUUGUACUUACACUGUGUCACCAUCAAAAAAUUAAGCAUUUCCAGAUUUUGCCGUGUGAAGAUGACGGACAGAUAUUUUUCAGUCUGGAUGAUGGGAGCACCAAAUUCACUGACCUAAUACAGCUUGUUGAGUUCUACCAACUAAACAAGGGAGUUUUGCCGUGUAAACUCAAACACCACUGCAUACGUGUGGCCUUAUGACCUCUAUUUUGAUCCAUGUUGAAGACCGACUUUGCUCAGUGAUGGAAGUUGCUAGAGAAAUAUUAUAAAAGGAAGGUUGACACUGGGGAAUUAGCAGAAUAGUUGUUCACAAGAAUUAUGCACCUUGGGGAUUUGGAAAAGGAUGAAUUGAGCAACAGACUGAGAUUUUGCUGGUUUGUAUAACACCUAAACAUGCUUGGUGCUGAGUGUCCUAGCAACCCCUAAAAUCAGGAAAGGGUGUGUAAAAUCAUUAAACAAAACUGGAAACUGUCCCUUGGCUGGUCCAUUUUAACAGAAUCAAGUUUGUGAAGCAAAAUUAUUGAAAAGAACUCUUGCCCUGGAAUAAUCUUGAGAAUUUAAGACUUAGUGUGUUUACUUUUUGUAUUGAUCACACUCUACUAUUUUUUGUUUUUUGCACUCCUACUUUUUGGAUAUUGCAUAUGGCCUAUAUUAGGAGCUGAUGAAGCUUUUACACUUAUGCAGGAUUUGGGUAUUAAUCUAAAUCCUGUAUUUCAUGAGUUGCUUCAGCCUAACAAGGAUCUAGAAGACAAAAAUAUGACUCGAUGGCUCUGAAAAUCAGCAGCUAUGUUAUGUACCGAUGCUCUUGAAGAAACAGUGUGGAUACAACUCUGGCAAUAUACACAUACCAACAUAUGUACUCUUUAGAAUGAUUGGGUUUUUUUAAAAAAUAUAAUGGCUGUAGCUUGUGUGCAGGACACUAAUAAUAGCUAGUCAUGCAAAGGAUUCUGAUUCUAUGCAUAAAUGUGUUUUAACCCAUUUUAAUCUGAAUGUGUUUUGUCUUCCCCCACAUUCUCAGCCUACUAGAGCCCUCUGGUCUGCAUGACCCUUUGGGAAAAUCCACUGACAAAGGCUAGAGUGACAAUAUGUAUUUGGAACCAGCUUCGGGAGGUGGAGCUUCACUUGUUUAGUCUACCUAGUAGGACACAAGUUCAGUGUUUCCUUGCUUUCUGACCAUGUCACAGGGCCUUUCGUGCAGGUGUAUCGCUGUCCAAUCUCCUAACCAUGGUUGAGAGUUCAAGAGGGCCCCGUGUGUUUGCAUUAUCCUUCCCUCCAGCCUCUGAACCCGCAUUUUCAGUAACCAAAACACAGACCGCAAAUAAGUCUUUAACCUUGUUUGCAAAUGACUUGGGUCUAGAGUUACUUGAAAAUCCCAGUAAAGAUUUACCGGUAAGCCUAACUAUAAUUAGCUCCGAAACUGAAAGAAAGAGGGAAAUGGCCAUGGAGUAUCCUGGUCUCCUAAUUAUGGUUAGAUUGUUGGAUAUGACUGCACUGGCACAGACAUAGGGUUGUUUCCAACUAAGUUCUACUCAGAGUAGGUCCAUAGAGAAUAUUAAGGACCUCCGUUACUAAUGUCCAUUUAUUUCAAUGGAUCUACUCAUGAGUGUGACUAACACUGGCUAAACCCCAUAGAGUUGUUUUCCUAAGUCAGGCAUAGGCAAACUCGGCCCUCCAGAUGUUUUGGGACUACAACUCCCAUCAUCCCUGACCACUAGUCCUGUUAGCUAGGGGUGAUGGUCCCAAAACAUCUGGAGGGCCGAGCUUGCCUAUGUCUGUCCUAAGUGUUGGUAGGGCAACAGUGAUGCUCAGUCAGGUAAAUUUGAAUAAUUUCUUCUUCAGUUGAACUGUGUCUUGCUUGUAUUGUGCAGGAUUGCCAAAACUUCUGUACAAAACUGGGGGCAAAAUCCAUUGACUGCUCUCCAUCCAUUUCAGACCUGCGCAAAGAAAAGUUAUGCAAGUGCCACCAGAAUGAUUGAGUGAUAAUAUGCAGUAGUGCUGGUUUAAUGGCUUGUUUUAUUGCUAAUAGAAAUUGGAUAUUCAACCCUUCAUGCCACUGCUGAAUUUACCAUUGACAAUUCAGUAACCUAAUACUAGGGGGUAUAUGCACUAAAGUAUUUAUAUUAGUUGGUCAAACUAGUUUGUGGCAAACUGGUUUGGUCUUGCUUCAUUCCUGGUUCAUCAUUUAAAUAAGGCCCUGGUUCACACACAAUGGUAAGCCAUGGUUUAUUAAACUAUGGCUUAUUAAGACCGUGGUGUAGCAUUACAUAUGAGCCUGCCCAGUGGUUUUAACUUCUCAUUUCUUUACUGCCAACAAAUCAUUAUGUGAAGCCAUUGUUUGUUGCAGGCUUAUGAAUCUUGACUUGUUUUAGUUAUAGUUUGGCAUUGCAAGUGAACCAAGCACCCUUCCUUAACCAUGAUUUGUUUGGCCACUCCAACCAAAGUGUUCAGCAAGCUGCAGAAGUCCAGCAAGCUGCAGCUGGAAAACAAAACAAACUCUUGAGAAACAAGCCAUAUAUUAUUUGAUCCUUUGUUGAGCAAUUCGUCGUUAACUUGUGAUUUGUUGAACAAACUGUGGCUUAUCAUUAUAUGCAAAGCAGAUAUUUUCAAGGCCUGUUUUAGGCUCUCUAAAGCCUUCCAUGUGGGCAUUGGCUGUAUGGAGCAAAUAAUACCUGACCCAGCUUUAAUCCAAAUUGAUAAAUGGAAAUUUGGGCACAUAUGGUAAGUAAAAUGCAGGCGGCAUAGUUAGGUUGGGUCAGAUGCUACCAGCUGCCUUCAUGGGGAGACACAUUUUGGAGGGCUUUAUAAUAUCUGAACCAGGACAAUCUCUUGUUAAAUGUUUCAUUUGUUCCAUGUUUACAUUGCUGUGCUUUUCCUUCUGGCGAUAGCUAGCAUUAGAGGAAGGUCAGUGCUGGUUUGAUUUCCCAUUGGAUUGCCAUACGGUUUAUGACUGUCAGGCUUUGAAUAUCAUGGUUAAUACACACAUGAUGUGCUUUGUGUUCUUUGCACGGUUUAUAAAGCAAGAAGUGUAUUCACCCUAGGAAUGUUCAGAAUUACUGUUGCAAAAUAAAUUUUAUCUCUACUGAUUAUCUCAUGUAACUAAUAUAUAGCCCAUCCCGCUGGCUGAAGUUGGAAAAGCAGUUCUUUAUUCACAAGGUAUUCUUAUAGUGGUGAGAGAAGCUUAAGAAAAAAUAACCAGCUUGAGUCACAUAUACCAGCUGAAUUAUCAAUGGUAUAGAAACACUGUAUCUUAGUUUACAGAACACAUUCUAGUAGCUUUGCCCCCAUGAAAUGUCUACAUAUAAAAUGAAGAAACUUGACUUAGUUUUUAUUAGAAACUUGCUGGUUUUAUAUGUGCAUAUUAUUUUUUUUGUCAAUGUUCUUUAGACAUCAUAUUAAGCUAAAUUUUAUCUUUGAUUUCACUCUGCAUUUUCUGUUUCACCCCUCCUAUAUAUAUUAAAAAUGAUUUAACAUGCUCAUUCUCUAGUUUCGAUAAGACCAUUUAGACUUUUGAGAUAAAUUUGUGUCUUAACUUAGUUUUCAGCAAAUUUUAAAAAAUCGUUUUGCAUUGUUUCAUGUUUAUAAAACUUGCAUUCUUUGACUAUCAUAAUUUUCUAUGUAGAUAGCUGACUAUUUUGUACACCCAACUUUAAAAUGAGCUAUUUUAAAGAAAUGAGCCACAUCAAAGUGGUAGCUACUUUACUAGAGCACACCAUUAUUGCUCCUCCCUUUUUUUUUUGGUUUUGCUGGAAAUGAAAUUGUUAAAAUCCCACCUUAAACAUUUGCAGCAGAUACAGCUGGUUGGCUGCUUCAAAACCAAGGUCUGAAGGACAUUUGACUUCUUUUGUAUUUAAAUGACAUGAAUGUAAAGAGGGACGCUCAGGGUUGUUUCUGGAGCCUGUUGAAUUUUUAUCAUUUGUUUUUGUUUGCCUGUGAUCUUUAUUUUCUAAAAUAAAAUACUUCAUGUAGCAAUCUCGGAAUAUGUUGAGAAGGAAAAUGUCAAACCACCUGGUUAAAAAAAAUAAAAUUAAAAAACCAGUAGGUAAGUUAUAGAACAGUAGGUGUUUGAAAAUGAACAGCUUUUUUAUUUGUUGAAUUAAUCUUGAAGAAACACGUGCCUCAGUUUUUAGAUGUUUUGUCUUCUCUUUUCUGCACUAAGUACCUGACCGUUUUGACCAAUCAAUGCACCUUUCCAGUGGCAAGACUUGCUUAUUGUAAAUUAUAUUGUCACAAUGCAAGACUUUUUAGUGACUGUAAUAUGGAAUAAAAGUUAAGUUUUCAGGGAAUGCAAAAGGUAUUAAUUUAAGAGACAAAACCUCUUACUCAAUAUGCAUUGCUUCAUAACUGUAAAUAGCUUUGUGGGGGGGGGUUGUGAAGCUAAUUGUAAUCUUUCAGGUAUUUUUGUACAAUUGAGGGACUGAUUCUGUUUCUUGUAACUAGAAAUAAACAUUCAUACAAUUGUAUUCAAUUUA